AUUGAGCAAAAGCCCAAACCUUUCUGCUCGUGGAAACAGAUUGAUAGAUAGAGAGAGAGAGAGAGAGCAAAUGGAAGCAGUAGGGGUGCUUGGAGGAGGUGCACCGUGUGUUUAUUCAUCAUCCAUUCUGCUUCGCUCAUCAACAGAUUCCACAACUUACAGCACCAGCACCAGCAGCUUAUCCUACGCCCAAUGCAAGAAACUUAACCUACGCACUAGCCACUUAGCAGCAUUCCAUUCACCAUCUCGCCUUUUCUGUCAUUCCCAUUCACGCUCUUACAAUGCUAAAUCCCGCAACUCUACUAAAACCCACAUCUUCCUUCCUCAUUUGGUCGCUUCCUUGGAACAAGUUGAAGAGACUUACAUCAUGGUCAAGCCUGAUGGCGUCCAACGUGGCCUUGUUGGAGAAAUAAUCUCAAGAUUUGAGAAGAAAGGAUUUAAACUGACUGGCCUGAAGCUCUUCCAAUGCCCUAAAGAAUUAGCAGAGGAGCAUUAUAAAGAUCUCAAGGCCAGACCUUUCUUCCCUAAACUGAUUGAUUACAUCACUUCAGGUCCAGUUGUGUGCAUGGCUUGGGAAGGUGUUGGUGUUGUAGCAUCAGCCCGUAAGCUAAUCGGGUCUACAGAUCCUCUUCAAGCUGAACCAGGCACAAUAAGAGGAGAUCUGGCUGUUCAAACAGGAAGAAAUGUGGUCCAUGGCAGUGACAGCCCUGAGAAUGGGAAGCGCGAAGUAGCUCUUUGGUUCAAAGAAGGUGAAAUAUGCCAGUGGCCACCAGCGCUAGCACCUUGGCUAAGGGAGUGAUCUCAACAAAGUGUUCAUUUAUAGAGACAUGCAGUUUUGAACAGUUUUCCUUGUUUAAGCAGUUGUAUUUUAGACGUUAUUGUGUUCUCAAUUUCCAAUAAUUUCUGUACCAGUUGAUGAAGAUUCAAUGCGACUCUUGUGAGAAAAGUCUACUUUAAAUGCUCAGACCAGUUUUUGCUCUCCA